AUGGCCCUCUCCUCCCCUUCCUUCGUCGGCAAGGCGGUGAAGCUCUCCCCCUCGCUGCCCUCGGAGCUCAUGUGCGACGGCCGCGUCACAAUGAGGAAAGUCGCCGCCAAGCGCAAGCCCGCUUCAUCCGGAAGCCCAUGGUACGGCCCGGACCGCGUCAAGUACCUGGGCCCGUUCUCUGGGGAGGCCCCAUCGUACCUGACCGGCGAGUUCCCCGGCGACUACGGCUGGGGCACGGUUGGGCUCUCCGCGGACCCCGAGACAUUCGCCAAGAACAGGGAGCUCGAAGUGAUCCACUGCAGGUGGGCCAUGGGCAACCCGAGCUUGGUCCACGCACAGAGCAUCCUGGCCAUUUGGGCCUGCCGGGUUAUUCUCAUGGGCGCGGUCGAGGGAUACCGGGUUGCGGGUGGGCCGCUCGGUGAGGUGGUCGACCCGCUCUACCCGGGUGGCAGUUUCGACCCGUUGGGCCUAGCCGAUGACCCGGAGGCGUUUGCCGAGUUGAAGGUGAAGGAGAUCAAGAAUGGGCGGCUGGCUAUGUUCUCCAUGUUUGGGUUCUUUGUUCAGGCCAUUGUCACCGGAAAGGGACCGCUGGAGAAUUUGGCCGACCACAUUGCCGAUCCGGUCAGCAACAAUGCGUGGGCUUUUGCCACCAACUUCGUCCCCGGAAAGUGA